UAAACUUGUAUAUCCAGUUGCUGACGCAGUGAAAUAUGACUAUCCUGUACGAAAGUUAGACAGUUUUGAGGUAACCUAACUCACUAGCAAGAAUAUCACAAGUAAUUUCACCUGAGAAAGAUGUUUGGCUUCGUAUUUUGGGCGUUAUUUCUGUGGGUUACCAGUGCAAAAGUUGACAACGAUGUAAAGGUUAAAAGAAAAGGGAACAAAUGGAUAUUUACGUGUCAGCAUGGUCCCCAGGAAUGCUACGCCAAUGUUGUACAGACUUGCAGCAUUUUUCUUCUGAAUAACACAUCUCUCGCCCUGAACUUUAUCAAAUGCAUGUCAGCAGAUAGAAAACCCUGGAUGGCAGGUGAAAAGUGUGCUAGAUCCUUACAGUUGGACUGGGAAGUUAUUUCUACUUGUGCUAAUGGAGCUCAAGGGAACAAGUAUGAAUACUUGAUGGCAAAGGAAACACGUGAUUUGGACCCUCCUCACCAGUACUCGCCAUGGAUCACCCUGAACGGAGUUCAUACAGAAGACAUCCAAGAUAAAGCAGAGGGUAACCUUUUUCAAUUGAUAUGCGACACUUACACGGGAAAGAAACCAUCCUCCUGCAACACAACCAACGACGAGAAAACUCCUAAUCAACCGUAACUCAAGAAAUCUUGGUUUAGCUACACUUAGACCACAAAAUCUCGUGUCUAUGAGUUUAAUAAUUUGAUGUUAUUAAAGUUGCUUUUAAAAUAUACA